AUGUUGUGGCAAAGUGACCUUGAUGCAUCUUCCAGACAGUAUUCAACCAAAAUGAAGCUUAAUCUUCCAAUAUUUAUUUUCUUCAUCUUGGUUACCUCCUCUAAGGUUUCAAGGGCUGUAGAUUGCAAAAAUGAAAAUAUAAUUAGGUCCACCAUUACUGUGGGCAAGUCUGGUCCUACAGGAGUAUUUCAGACAAUACAAGCCGCCAUUGAUUCGAUUCCUUCCAACAAUGAUCAAUGGAUUAAAGUUCAUAUUUCUCCAGGCAUAUAUAAUGAGAAGGUGACUAUUCCUCCGGAAAAACCAUGUAUUUUUUUGGAAGGAAGUGGGCGCCAUGUCACAAUUAUUACACACGAUGAUCAUGAUCAAACAGAUACAAGUGCAACAUUCACAUCGUCCCCAGACAAUGUUGUUGCUAGUGGCAUUACCUUCCAGAACUCGUACAAUCGGGCUUUAGCUCUGAAUUCCUACUAUAGCAGCAUGGCAAUACGGGACCCAAUAGCAAGGGCAGUGGCAGCCAGAAUAUAUGGUGAUAAAUCAGCAUUUUUUGAGUGUGGUUUUGUGGGAUUUCAAGAUACACUAUGGGAUGUACAAGGACGACAUUUCUUCAAACACACCUACAUUGAAGGAGGCGUAGAUUUUAUUUGGGGCAGUGGCCAAUCAAUAUAUAUGGAUUGUAUGAUAAAUGUUACAGUUGGGACAAUGCUCCCUCAAGGCUGUAUGGGGUACAUAACGGCACAACGUCGUGAAUCCGCAAAUGAAGCAAAUGGGUUUGUGUUUAGAAGGGGUAGUGUAUAUGGGAGUGGCCAAGCGUUGCUAGGAAGAGCUUAUGGUCCCUACUCUAGAGUCAUAUUUCAUCAAACAACCUUCAACAAUGUGGUAGCCCCUCAGGGUUGGGGUGCUUGGGAUUACCCAGGACAAGUGUAA